AUUCUGGAAGCCCAGUGUUGUCAGCCACAACUACUGUGUCUUUGUCAUUAAGGGUCACUAACAAGACAUCAGCACCAAUGCCGACUGUCCACUUAGAGAAGAACAGAACACUGGACGUACCAUUAUUGAUUAUCCUUGUAGUAGCAGCUGUAAUAGUAUCUGUGGUGAUUGUAGUGUCGAUCACAUUGUGUAUUAUGAAAUGUAGCAGUGGUCAGUCUCGCUCUGCCAAGAGCACUAGGAAAGGUGUUAAUAGGUCAGCUAUAUGUAACAGAAUUGAUCAACCUUUACCGUGUCAGAGCAGCAGUAUUCCUGGUACCCCAGUGAGGUACUCUUCUGAGAUGAAUAAUAGAAACAUGCCAUUUGUGGAAUGUAAGGAAGAUUUCUACCCGCUGUAUGAAUCUCAGAUUGAUUGGUCGAACGUGGGUACCCUGGAGAAGAGUCCACCCACCACAAUAUUGUUACCAACUCGAAUCAAAAGAUAAUAGGUAAACCACAGCACCAAAUGACCAAAUUCAUUCUCCAUUACUUAAUUCUCUUAUUUUGUCAACACUUCUUCCAUCAUUCCUGCAACACUUUUCACCAAAUUGCCUAAUUAACUUGUUUUAAUCAUUUAUUUUUUAUUUAUAUUCUUUUUUUUUUCAAUUUUUUACCUUAAUGAUUCAUUUUUCUUCCAAUUAUUUUUUCUGUUUAUUUUUUAAAUAUUUUUUACACAAAAAAUUAUACAAGAGGAAUUUCCUUGGAUGCUCUCAGGUUAUUUGGCUUAGAAAAACCAUUCCAGAAUCUCCACAGAAAUUGAAAAAUUUGCAUAAAUGGGAUAAAGAGAGAUUGCUUCCUGUAUUGGUGUGUGUGUGAGUGUGUGUGUUUGUGUGUGUGUAUUUGUGCAUGCAUGUGUGUGUUAAUGUAUAUGAAUAUAUAUGUAUAAUA